GCUUUGCACACAAAACCUCCUAAUACAAGAAAAAUCAAACCAACCAACCUCUUUAUAAACAUGCUCCCUCCCACCCAGUUCCUGGCCACCACCACCUCAACCUCACCCCAUGGCCCUGACGUGGUUUGCAUUUGUGGCCAUAUUCUGCUUUCUUCAUCUUCCAUCCUCUGCAUCCCACCGUGAUGUAGUCCUUGGGGUUGUUGAUGCAGAUGUCCAGUCCGAGAGGGCUCUCUUCGGUUUGUAUAAGAGAUGGCUUGCAAUCCAUCGACCCAACUACGUCAAUUUUGGAGAGACAGGCACCAACCAGAAUGCAUUGCUCAGGAGAUUCGAUAUCUUCAAGAACAAUGCUCAGUUCAUCUAUGCAAGUAAUAAAAGAACUAAUGUUACUUACACUCUUGGGCUCAACAAAUUUGCCGACUUGAGCAAUGAAGAGUUUCGAACAAUCUAUACAGGAUCAAUACCCAAAAGAAUCAAACAGCAAGGUGGUGAGGCCGGUGAGAAAAGCUUCAUGUAUGAGAAUGUAACACGACCGUUGCGAUUUUCUGUAGAUUGGAGGCGGAGAGGAGCUGUCACCGGAGUCAAAGACCAAGGUCCAUGCGGGAGCUGCUGGGCUUUCUCCACAGUAGCGGCAGUUGAAGGAAUUAAUCAAAUCAGAUCAGGAAAGUUGACGUCUUUAUCAGAACAAGAACUGGUUGACUGCGACAUCAAAAUAAACCAAGGGUGUAAUGGCGGGUUAAUGGACUAUGCUUUCCAAUUCAUUGUUGAGAAUGGUGGAAUCAGCAGCGAAGGCGAUUAUCCAUAUACCGCUACCGACAACCAAUGUGACCUCACGAAGAAAAAUUUACAUUCGGUUGUCAUAGAUGGUUAUGAAGAUGUUCCUGCCAAUAGUACUGAUGCUCUAUUGAGAGCAGUCUCUCAUCAGCCUGUUUCAGUUGCGAUUGAAGCUGGAGGAUUUGAGCUUCAGUUUUACUGGAAAGGUGUGUUCAGUGGGGCAUGCGGAACAGAUCUGGAUCAUGGGGUUGCAGUUGUAGGAUACGGAGAGACAAGAAAUGGGGUCAAGUACUGGAUAGUGAAGAACUCAUGGGGAUCUGACUGGGGGGAGAAAGGCUACAUCAAGAUGAAAAUGAGUGAAGCAAAGGAAGGAUUGUGUGGGAUAAACAUGAUGCCAUCCUAUCCAGUCAAAUUCACACCCAAUCCUUCAGCUGCCAAAACAAGUGAUCCCCUCAUCCACCAGCCCCUUGGAAGAAAGUCUGGGCAGCCCCUUGCAUCGUAACUCCAUGAAAAACUGAGCUGCUGAUGGCAACGGGCAAUUACUGUACAUUUAUUUUUUUUUUCAUCAAUCAACAGCGUUCAUGUUUAAUUGGUGGACAAUUGACAAAUAUUCCUAUUUGAACUGA